AUGCCCCACUCAUACAAUGGCACCCAUUCCUGGCCACCCUCUCAAGCUGCUCCCCUGUUGAUCAAGGACAGUUGGGACCCAAAUUUCCGCCAGCCUCCCCUGAGCUUGGCAAAAUCAGCCUCAAACAAGUCACCGCCUCUUAUGGGGACUACAAACCCAAGUUACCACAUCAAGCAGACCCUCUUGGAACAAAAUGAAAUUAAUCAAGAGGUUUGCACCAACGUUGAGAACAUCUCCCAGACAGUCAAUGUUGUCAAGGAUGGGCUUGCCCAGCUACAGCUCACUUGGGGUCCCCACACCCCUGAAGAUCAAAAACCCCCUGCAGUUGAGGAAACCCCCUGGGCUGCGCCCAAAGCCAAGCCUAUUGGCAAGGCUCUACCCUUCCUUGGGGCCCCAGCCCCCAUCAUCUCUACAGGGGCCCCCAGGCGCAAACCCCUCACCCUUUUCAACCCUUACCCCUCCUCAUCCUUCCCUUCAGGACCGGCUCCAGCAGCCCCUACAGCACCUCCAGCAGCGCCCCAAGCCACUCCGGCACCGCCUCCAGCCCCCUCUACCGUAAAGGUGGACCACCCAGAUGCCUUCAAAGGCAAGAUUGGCUUGGAGGCCAAACAAUGGCUAACACGGAUGUUAGCUUGGGUUUGCCUAAACCAGAGGCAGUUCCCCUUGGACCUGGAGGUCUUGAGCUUCCUGUUGAUGAACAUGACGGAAGCAGCUGGGGCCUGGGCCCAUCCCCAUCUGGACCAACUAGGGUCCCACCGCGCGCUCAUCCAAACCGUGGAUGAGUUUAAAAUUGAAUUCCUGGCCGCCUUUGGCAACCCAGAUGCUACCAGAGCAGUGGAAAGAAAAAUAACCCUCACUCAGACCAGCACUUGUGCCAAAUAUAUCACUAAGUUCCGCACGCUGCAAAUGGAACUCAAUUGGAACAAUGCUGCACUCCGCAGCCAAUUUGCGCGGGGACUUCACUGGGAGGUCCAAAGACAAAUUGCCACAAGGGAGAGGCAACCCUGUACUUUGAGGGAACUCCAAGAUGCCUCCCUCAUCAUUGACAAUGCUCUCCGCAAGGAGAGAGCCAGCCACCCACAACAGGGUAGUAAGCCUGGUAAAACCUCCAACACCCCCAACCAGGGGGCAAAUACUGGCCAACAGGCCACCAAAACCAGCCCCCUCUCUUCCAAUCCCAACUAUGUCUUGGAGGAGGAACGCAACUGCCGCCAUGCAGAAGGUCUCUGCAUCAAAUGCGGCAAACCAGGGCACAGGUUUGCCAAGUGCCAGACCAGAUGGAAGGCCACCCCAAAGGAGGAUAAGGGGAAAGCCAAAGAAACCGCCAAAUUAGGCAAAGACUCAGAGUACCAAUUGGGAAAAGAGUAA